UGAGUUUUUAUAGUUUGAGAAUGAUGGCUUUCGGGACACGCGUGUGCUUGCUUUUCCUUUUGCUCACAUCUGCAGUCAUGUGUUCUGCAAUCCACAACCCCAAAGUGGACCUAAGUAGCCAGUACGAAGUAGACGAUUAUCCAGGCACAGGGGCCAAUCCUAAGCAUGAGCCUCCACCACCCCCAAGUUUUGGAAAGAUGCAGAUCAAUGAAGACGAUUUUGAAGUAACGAAACCUAUCCUCUAAUACAAAUAUCCAAAUUCUCAUUCAGUUGUAAUCAUGUUUCAUGAAGUGAUAGUGAUAUUAAAUUAUCACCAUGAUUAUAUAGA